GUCACAAAAAAGAACCUGAACUGAAACGCAACCUUUUUCUCAAUUAUAUUCAUCUUCUACGAGAGAGAAAGAGAGCGAACACACUAAAAAACAAUGGCCGGAGAAAGCAUUUCUGCUAAAAGAUGGCUUCCUCUCGAAGCUAACCCUGAUGUUAUGAACCAGUUCCUUUGGGGACUUGGUGUCCCACCUGAUGAGGCAGAGUGCUAUGAAGUUUAUGGAUUAGAUGAAGAACUCUUGGAGAUGGUUCCGAAGCCAGUGCUUGCUGUUCUGUUUCUUUACCCCAUUACAUCAUUGACUGAAGAAGAAAGAAUAAAGGAGGACAGCAAACUUAAGGAUCCUGCAACUGGAGUUUACUUCAUGAAACAAACUGUUGGAAAUGCCUGUGGAACUGUAGGGCUUCUCCAUGCGGUUGGUAACAUGUCUUCGGUGAUAAAACUUGUUGAGGGCUCAUACCUGGACAAUUUCUUCAAGACCACGAAAAACAUGGAUCCGUUAGAGCGUGCAGUGUAUCUUGAAAAUGAUAGGGAAAUGGAAGUUGCUCAUUCUGUUGCAGCUUCUGGUGGCGAAACAGAGGCUAGAGAUGAUGUGGACAACCACUUUAUCUGUUAUACAUGUGUGAAUGGGCAACUUUAUGAGCUUGAUGGAAGAAGGUCAGGACCAGUCUCACAUGGUUCAUCCUCCCCAGACAGUCUGUUACAGGACGCUGCUAAAGUGAUUAAGAAGAUGUUCGAACAAAACCCAAAUUCCCUCAACUUCAGCGUGAUGGCCAUCUCCAAGAGAGCUUGAGCUGAGCGGAAUGAUGGAGUGAUGAUGGACCUUUUUUGCUUGAGACUUCUAAUGAUUAGAUAGUUUUCAUUUCAGAAGCAGCAUUUUACUGUACGAAUAGACUGUCUCGCUACUCUGUUUGAUUUUCCAUCUCUCAGCUGAAUGAUCCUUUCUAACAGGCGAUGGAAUGAUCCUUUCUAAGAGGCGAUUGAAUGAUCCUUUCAAACAGGCGAUGGAAUGAUCCUUU